UUCUGAAUUCCAUAAAGCUGCUUCCGAGUCAAUAAGAUCAUAUGGGCACCGAUAGUCGAUUCCUAGUGUUAAAUCUUCCAUUUGAUUGUCUUGGGUUCACAAUUUCAAUCCAACUGGCUAAGGGGUCUGCCGCUACGAAGGGCUAAAUUAAUGAAGGAUUCGAGCAACCACAGUGACCGCAGAGCUCCCAUUCUAUAAAUUAAAGGUUGAAUUCGGGCACCAGGAAAUCCAAUCCUCUCCUCAUCCCUAAAAGAAGCCCUAGUUCCCAAAUUGCUGCAUCACUGCUUGCUUUCACCAAAUCCAACGGAACGAGGACUUCAACUCCUUUCUUCAUCAAAUUUGUUCGCAGAUUUGUCAUAAAAGGCUCUUCAUUGAGCAGGCUUUGUCAUCAGGAAAUUUUGAGAAACACUACUUGAUAGAUGGGAGAAUAUCAACGUGCAACUUUGGUAACUAACAUCAUAAGUGCGUUAGAAAGCUUAGAUCCUCUGUCAUCUCCUGAACCUUGUAUCUAUAAGGUUCCGGAUCCUCUUCGCAAGUUGAAAAAAGAAGCUUACAGUCCUCAGAUUCUUUCAAUAGGGCCUUUUCACCAUGGCAACGAAAAACUGCAAAACAUGGAAAAACACAAAUUAAGAUAUCUCAAGGAAUUCAUAGAACGAGCCAACAAAAACUUGGAGGACUUAUUACCUGUUAUAGAGGACUCGGAAGAAAGUGUUCGUCAAUGUUAUGCAGAGACUAUUUCACUUAACAGGUAUGAUUUUUUGAAAAUGAUCUUGGUGGAUGCGAGCUUCAUUGUUGAGCUUUUUUAUAGAAAUUGGCGGGGAGCAGCAGCAUGGACAAGUUACGACAAGGUAUUACUAAAGCCAUGGUUGGCUGCCACGAUGCAGCGGGACUUAAUGUUACUUGAAAAUCAACUUCCUUUCUUUAUUAUUAAGAAAUUAUUUGACCUUACAUUUUCAUCUCAAGGAGACUUGCCCUCCUUCACUAAGCUUACCUUUGAGUACUUUAAGUUUUUCAACACACAAAAAUUGCCUCCCAAUCCUGAGCCUGAGCCAAGAAUAAUGCACUUUGUUGAUUUGCUUAGAAGAUUUUAUCUUCCCGAAAGUCUACCAAAAAGAACAGCUAAAAAAGUUAAGCAUGUGUAUAGUGCAGCCCAGUUGGAUGGGAAAGGAUUGAAGUUUAUGGCGGAUCAUUCUAGGCAUUGUUUACUUGACCUUGACCUAGACUAUAAGAAGGGAGUGUUGAAAAUCCCACACAUUACCUUGGACGAUACCACAGAGUUUUAUGCUCGAAAUCUUAUGGCAUUUGAGCAAUGCCACUACCCAAAUGCGGCAUAUGCUACUGAUUAUUUUAUCCUGUUAGAUUUCCUUAUCAAAAGUGAAAAGGAUGUGGAUUUACUUGGUCGAAAGGGGAUUAUGGUUAAUGGGCUAGGUAACAAUGAUGCAACUUUUAUCAACAGUUUGGCCACAAGUAUUGUAUAUUCAACCAUGAGCACCAAAUAUUAUGAUAUUUGUAUACAAUUGAAGAAAUUUUACGAGGACCCUAAGCAUGGUUGGCUAGCUUCCUUGAGGCGAGACUAUUUUGGCAAUCCUUGGAAGGCUGCUUCUACUACAGCUGUUGUUAUCUUGUUGAUCCUCACUUUGAUACAAGCUGUAUGCUCUAUUAUCUCUGUACAUCCUCAUCACUAAAGUUUGUGUAAUGCAUGGCUCAUGACCAAUCUCCCUCUCAAGCUUUUUAUUUGCUGUA